UUCACUCUCCUAGCGGCACUCUGUUGCUUUUGGCAUCUGUCAUUAAAAAUGUUGCGUUUUGUUGUAAUCGAAGUUCGACAACAUUUGUGCUGUGCCAACGUAUUUCUGAACUUCCAACAAUCCAUUACAGAUUUUGAUUCUGUGCGAAUAAAUGUGGAAGAUGGCCUAAUACGUGUGAAAGAUUCCUCCGAUUCCACGGUGGUAGAAGUGAAAGUUGGCGAGUAUUUUAGCAUUUUGACUGAGACCUUUAGCAAUUUGAUUGUGGAUCAGGAGAAUAUUUCCUUUCGCAUAAGUGUGCAAAAUGUCAAGGAUUUGUGUCAGAUGGACAGUAUGAAAGAAAGUCUACAAUCCACUGGAACAUUUCAACUUGAGGAAGGUCAAAAUGUUUCCUUGCACUGCGGACAAUGCGGAUCGACGUUAUGUGACAGCCAGUCGUAUAAUAAAGUAAGAGAAUUCCCCUCGGGCUCUAUAGAUAUCAGUGAGUUUUUCUGCCAUCAUGGUCCCAGCUUUGGUGAUGUACUACUACCUCGCAAUACGGAUUUGUUUUAUGGCUUCCAAUUUGUUAUAUUAAAUAUGGAGAAUAUUCGAAAUGGCAGCAAGGAAAGAGAAGGCCACAUAUAUUGCAAACGCUGUAGCAAAUAUUUGGGUGAAACGAUGUUUGAAGGUAAAGCUGUUAAGUUAUGGACCGAUUCGGUUGUUAUGAAACGUGAUAAAGAUGCGAAAACUUGUGACCUCUUUGACGCUGACUCACAACGCAAUCUUCUUAGGCUUUUAAUGUUAAAAAUUAUUAAUGAAACAUCUCUACCUUCCCCCGAGCCGUUACUGAGGAAUAUGCAUUUUACGAAAGUCGUCUUGGAGACGAGUCUGGCUAAUCGCAAACCGCAAUAUCUUUUAGUACAAAUAUUAGAAAAGAAUUUACCGGUACUUAAGAACGACGAAGAAUUGCAAAAUGCGACCUCCAAAGAUGUUGCUGCAAUAAUACAUCUAUUGAAUGUUAAGCUUAGAGUAAGUCAGGCAUUUAAGUUAUUGUAUCGAUUAAUUGAACCUGAUGCCAAGUCGAAUGGUGGCCAAGUGGAAGCUAUGGAUGCAAAUGAACCACCAAUGUUAUCAUAUUGGCAACAAGAUAUUAAUAUCCUAAAAUUGAAAAUUUCACCGUUCCUGUUCCACGACCUCGUAGAUGAAUUGAAUUGUAAUUCUUUAUUGUUACCUGAAAUCUAUAGAAAUAAUAAAGAUUCAUUUACCCUGAGCUAUAUUUUUCAAUAGAA